AAAAAAGGCCACAACUCUCUCUCCCUCUCUCUCCCCUCUAACCCCGAAGACUUGUUCAAAAUACGAGUUUUUUCUCUGCCAAUCUCUUCCAAUGGAUCUCCAACCCUCUCAUCAACCUCAGAAGCUUCAUAAUUUCCCCUUUUCAUUUCUAAUCGGAAGAGAACUUCGUUACGGACUCUCUUUCUUCCUUCUCCUCGUCUCUUCCUUGUUUAUUCUCAGACUCGUAACCCCAUUCGACUCUCAGUUUCUAUCCGAUCAUUUGGGUUUCUUAUCCCAAAUCCUACAGAAUAAUAAUCAAAAUUUGUCUCCGGGAACUUGUGAUUAUUCCUACGGCAGAUGGGUCCACGACGAAACUCAUCCGCUUCAGUCCUACACCGAGGACUGCCCGUUUCUCGACCCUGGCUUCCGGUGCAGCCAGAGUGGUCGAAAAGACCAAGGUUAUCGGAGAUGGCGCUGGCAACCGGCUGGCUGUGACGUUUUGAGAUUUAACGCAAGCGACUUCUUGGAAAGAAGCAGAAACGGACGGAUAGUAUUUGCCGGAGACUCAAUCGGGAGGAACCAGUGGGAAUCUAUGCUAUGCAUGCUUGCGAAAGGGGUGUCCAAGAAGUCCAGAAUCUACGAAGUAAAUGGGAACCCCAUAACAAAACAUAGGGGUUUUCUGUCGAUACGGUUCCAGGACUAUAACCUCACAGUUGAAUAUUAUAGGGCACCGUUCCUUGUGGUUGUAGGACACCCACCCAAAAAUUCACCAAGUCAGGUCAGGACCACGGUUAAGCUCGACCAAAUCCAUUGGUACUCCGAAAAAUGGGUUGGAGCAGAUGUUCUAAUUUUCAGUGCAGGGCACUGGUGGAACGAAGACAAAACAGCAAAGAUGGGCUGCUACUUUGAGGAAGACGGGAAAGUGAAUCUGACAAUGGGUGUUAUGGAAGCAUUCAGGAGGUCUAUACAAACAUGGAAGUCUUGGGUGCUCAAGAAUUUAGACCCUGAAAGGACUCGGGUUUUCUUCCGAAGCUACUCUCCGGUACAUUACAGGCAAGUACAAACUGCUAUCCGACUAUGAAAAUUUCAAUUUACAUUCUUCCACACUAUGGGAACCAAAAGAAUGAAAGGCAAUUAGUGUAACUUGUGUGACUUUACAACUUGCUGUUCCUCAAUAGUUGCCGCCAAACAUGGCGUAAAAGGAAGGAAUUGACGAUUAAUGAAUCGAUGAGGUUUUAACAUGCCAAGUUGCAGGAACGGCACAUGGAAUGAAGGGGGGCUGUGUGAUACCUAUUUGGGGCCAGAAACAGACUACAAAAAUCUUGAAGCUGACCCAGUGAAUAAUCUAUACAUAUCUGAAUCAAUCAAACAGUUGGAAUAUGAAAACUGGAAGGUCCAGUUCUUAAACAUCACGUAUCUAACAGAGUUCAGGAAGGAUGGUCACCCCUCAAAGUAUCGUGAGCCAGGGACUCCGGCUGAUGCUCCACAGGACUGCAGCCACUGGUGCUUACCCGGAGUGCCUGACACAUGGAAUGAACUUAUUUACGCUACUCUACUGGCAAAAGGAUUCAGAACCAAGUAAAAGAAAACGUCAGUGUACCUCAGAUUUGAAAAUUUAUUUACGAACUGUACAUAAUCGGCAUUGCCUUCUAUUCAGGCUAGUUCCUCCACGCUUACGUUGGAACUGUCUUCACUGCUUUCCAUUUC